CUCAGGACUUAGAAACAGUCCUAAAAAAUAAGUUCAGUUCUAAAAAAAAAAGUUUUUUCUCUUUUAAUUAUUGAAAAUGUUUACACUAUCGAAGUUUGGUUUUAUCCUCCUGUGUAUCACUUUUGUGUAUUGUGCAAGUUUGGAAAAACGGGAAUCUGCAAAUAAUGAGAUCUUUCGAAAGGAUGUUGAGAUAAGAAAAAUUAAUAAAAGAGAAGCAGAUGAAAGGGAAGAUGCUGGAGAUAAAAUAGAUAAAGAAGGUGAAAACAGGGAAAGAAAAGGCGAAGAAAUGGGAGAAGGUGAGAGACAAGAAGAAGAACACAAUGAAGAAGGAGAAAAACGAAGGGAAGGUAAGGAAGAAAAUGAAGAAGAUAAUAAAGAAGAAAAUAGAGAGGAUAUUGAAGGAGAUGAGGGAGAAAAUAAUAAAGAAAAGGAAGAAAGCCGCAAUGAAGAACAAACUGAAGAGGAUCGUAAAGAAGAAGGCAACGAAGAAAAAAAUGAAGAGGAUCACCAAGAUAAAAAUGACGAAGUAGAUGAAAUUGGAGAAGGCCAUGAAGAGGAGGAAGUAGAAGAAGAAAAGAAAGAGGAUGGUGAAGAAGAAAAAGGUGAAGGUGAAAAGAAAAAUGAAAACGGCAACGAAGAGGAAAAGGAUGAAGAGGAAGAAGAAAAAGAUUGCAAUAGGGAAGAAAAAGAAGAAAAGGACGGGGAAGAGGAAAGAGAAAAGGACGGAGAUGAAGGAGAGAAGGUAAGGGUUAGUCUACGAUAUGUGUAAGAGUUAAAUUAUAUGUUUUUAAUUAACUUACAGGAGGUGGAUGACAAAAAACUAAGUGACAUUUUUAUCUCGUCCUCUUUAGAUCGUGGUUGCUG